ACAGUUUAAUACUACUUCUCUAGGAUUUUUAGGCACCUCAGACUCUCAAGCACAAAGAUAGAAUAAAGAUGUCAAAGUACCUUCCUCCAGAAAUCAUAACCCAAAUUCUUCUAAGGCUACCCAUCAAAUCUCUUCUUCAGUGCACCUCUAUCUGCAAAUCUUGGAACUCCCUAAUUAAACACACUAGAUUCAUCAACAACCACCUUAACCUCAAUUUAGACAAAACAAGCAAUUCCCCUUUGCUCCUUCUCAGGCACUGCCCCAAGGACCCCACUAGAGAGCUCUAUUCUCUACACUUAGAAAAUGGUUCAUUCCAAGAACACUCAAAGCCUGAGCUUCCAGUUCAGAGUCUCAAUGAGUGUUUCCGAAUCGUGGGUUCUUGCAACGGAUUGAUUCUCCUCUCGGAUGAUUACUUCACAGAUUACAACAUGUUUGUUCUAUGGAACCCCUCCAUUAGAAAGUUCAUCACGCUUGCCAAGCCUCAUGUCCCAAAAUCUCCUCAUUCUGUUUAUGGCUUUGGCUUUGAUUCUAAGAAAAAUGAUUACAAGAUAGUAAGAUUGGUGUAUCUCCGCCAAAAUGAAGGCCAAGCUUGCCCGAAAAUCGAGCUUUAUUCGCUGAACUCAGGGUCUUGGAAAAGCAUUACAUCAGCUGCUCCCAGUUAUCAGAUUGCUCAAAACUUUCGGGCUCAAGUUUUUGUCAAUGGGGCUGUCCAUUGGGUUGCGUCUUGUAAGAAAGGAAAUUGUUUUCGCAAUGUGGUUUUGUCCUUUGAUAUGAGUAAUGAGACUUUCCAGGAGAUUGAGCUGCCAGAAGACUUAGCUUGUGAGUUGCCAACUAAGUACAUGCCCAUUUCGGCUGCCGGCAAGUCUAUUUGUGUAAAGCACUUCGAUCAAAAUAGACAUACUAUGUGGGUUAUGAGAGAGUAUGGGGUCGUGGAAUCUUGGGAAAAGCAAGUCUCUAUUGAUGUACAUGUCACUCCCAAUUUCACUCCCAAUUUCAGAGUACUGCAGGUUUUGGGGUGUAGGAAGAAUAAUGGUGAGUUUCUAUUAGAAAGGUAUGACCAUGGAAGAAAAAUUGGAGAGUUAGUCUCUCAUGAUCCCAAGAAGAACACAAAUGAGUUUCUUGGAAUUCACACAGAUCCAGGGUAUUCAUGUAUUGUAUAUUACAUGGAAAGCCUAGUUUUACUCAAUAAGACGAGCUGAUCCAUGCAGAUUUCAUGAAGGAGGAAGAAGAGGAGGAACCAAAAAAUGUAGCAGCUUUGUUUUCAUGUUCAUUAUAUCUUGAUAUAAUACUGUCAUGCUUGCUUAUUUGGAUUAUGUGUGUUGGUCUCUUGAUGAUGAGAGCGUUCUGCAAAAAAAAUGGAAGUUCCUUUU